AUGAAGGCUACCUUCUUCAGCGCUGCUCUGGCCACGCUCGCCGCCGCUGCCGCGUGUGUCUCCGCCGCUCCCUCGCCCGCCAACCCCUUCGACCUUCGCCACUCGCCGCGCGACCUGUUUCCCAGGAUGAACAAUGGCGCCAGCAACAACAAUGGCCAGUGUCGCAACUCCAACGGCAGCUCGCUCCAGGGCUACCAGCCUCCCCUUUACACCGAGCCGCUUCGACCCCAGAUCCACUUCUCCCCCACGGUGAACUUUAUGAACGAUCCCAACGGUCUCGUCUACAGCAACGGAACCUGGCAUCUUUUCUACCAGUACAACCCGACUCAGAACGUAGCUGGCAACCAGCACUGGGGCCAUGCCGUCUCGAAAGACCUGUAUCACUGGGAGAACCUGCCCAUUGCCAUCGCUCCCGAAGAGGAAGGUCACGGCAUCUUCAGCGGAAACGCCGUCAUCGACUUCGAAAACACCACAGGGUUCUUCGACGAGUCGACCCCCAAGGAUCAACGCAUCGUCGCCUUCUACACGCUCAACACGCCGACAUCUCAGACGCAGCACCUGGCCUACUCCUCGGAUGGCGUCAACUUCACCAAGUAUCCGCCCGCGGUGAUCUCGCGCAACCAGACGCAGUUCCGCGAUCCCAAGGCCUUCUGGGACGAGACCUCGUCGCGCUGGAUCGUCGCGCUUGCUCUCUCGCAGGAGUUCGGCAUCGUCUUCUACUCGUCGCCCAACAUGAAGGAUUGGACUGAGGUGAGCCGUUUCCAGUCGUACGGCAUUCUGGGCUACCAGUACGAAUGUCCCGAUCUGUUCCAGGUUCCCGUCGAGGGUGGUCCGGAUGACGGCAAGAUGAUGUGGGUGCUGGCCAUCUCGAUCAACCCCGGCGCGCCUGUCGGAGGUUCCUUCGUCCAGUACUGGGUCGGCGACUGGGACGGAUCCAAAUUCACGCCACGCGAUAACGCCGUCAGGACGAUGGACUUUAGCAAGGACUUCUACGCUUUUAGCAGCUGGAACAACAGUCCGGGCAAAAAGGCCUACGCGGUGGCAUGGGCGAGCAACUGGCAGUACACCAACGUUGUGCCUACCACGCCGUUCCGGUCGAUCCAGAGUCUGCCGCGUGAGCUCACGCUCAAGUACUACCGUCCCGCUCCGCAGUUUGGCGAUCUGAUCCUCAACAACAAGCCUGCCAACCUCUCGGCCCUCGGUGGGCAGACGCUGUACAGGUCCAACGGCACAGGCAACCUCGGCAACCAGACUGUUGCGCUGACUGGCGAAGGCGCGUUCAACAUUGUCGCCACCUUCAAGCUCCCCGCUGGCACGAAUGCGACGUACAACACGAUUGGUUCGUUCGAGAUCUCCUCUGGCGACGGCCAACAGAGCGUCAAAACCGGCAUUCAGAUGGGAGAGCCAGCCGUCGCCUUUAUCGACCGCCGUGCUGCCGGUCCCUCGUUCGCAGCCGACAACCCCUUCUUCACCGACAAGACGUCCGGCAUCAUCCGUUACGAAGCCAACUACACGUCUGAGCAGCACAUUCUAGGCCCCCUCCCUCCAAGCGCGCACCUCUCCACCACGGGCAGGGAUCAAUAUAUCAAGCUGCAAGCCGUGGUGGACAGGAGCGUCAUCGAGGUGUUUGUCAACGACGGCGAGCUGGCGGGCACGUCGGUGUUCUUCUUUGACAACGACCAGACGCCAAGCCAGCUGAAGGUGUCGAUCGGAGACGAUAAGCUGGAGCUGGUCAGUCUCAGGGUCCGGGCGCUCGAUUCGAUCUGGGCCGACUGCAAGGAGUGA